GUCUCCGAUAUGAGCUCGGACUGCGAAAGUUACUACAGCAAAGAAAACGUGUUCGUGGAGAGCUUCACGUGUCCGAAAGCGGACAGUGACACCACGGCACUUUUCUGCUGCGGGUUCAGUGACCUGAAGUACUGCUGCGAUGACCCCAACAGCUUCUUCCCCUACGAGUAUGGAUACAUGUGGUGGUUAAGUCUCGGAGCUCUGGUGGGUCUCUCUGUAGCAGCCGUGGUUCUUCUCGCCUUCAUCGUCACUCUGUGCGUCCUUUGCUAUCUCUUCAUCACCACCAAACCCAGAGGUCUGGACAAUGGGCUGCCGCUCCGAGCGCCAGGCUCGACGUCGAGUCCUCAGGGACCAGGGCCGAGUCACAGCAGCGCCCCCGCUGGUCCUCAGGGCCUCAGGAAACACUUCCUGCGGGGCAAACUGGACUGUGACAACCAGCCCCCGGACCCCGACCGCCUUUUCCAGCGUUGUUUCAUGGCCACUGUGACAUCGAUCAACGUCGAGGGCCCGACAUAG